AUGGGAGACUACAAGCUGUCGGCCGUCCUGCGUGGUCACGAAAGCGACGUUCGCAGUGUCGCCUUCCCCCACCCCACCACCGUCGUGUCUGCAUCGCGAGACUUCAGCGUGCGGUUAUGGAAGCUGCAGUCAGAGAAGCCGCCGAGCUUCGAUAGCACCAUCAAGAUCCAAGGCAAAGAAUUCAUAAACUCACUAGCAAUUGUGCCCCCGACUGCUGAAUUCCCCGAAGGCCUCAUCGUUUCGAGCGGAAAGGACCAGAUCAUCGACGUGCGGCCACCCAGCAAAGCCCUCGACGACAACGCCGAAGCCCUGCUGAUUGGCCACGCUUCCAACGUAUGCGCCCUCGACGUUAGCCAGGAUGGGAGAUUGAUCAUAAGCGGAAGCUGGGACACCGAGGCACGAGUGUGGCAGGUGGGAAAGUGGGAAGACUCUACGGUUCUGAAGGGCCACGAAGCUUCGGUGUGGGCCGUGCUUGCCUACGAUUCCGCCACUAUCAUAACGGGUUGCGCCGACCAGCAGAUUCGCAUAUUCCAACCCACGGGUAAGCUCGUACGGUCAAUAAAGACAGGAGAUGUUGUCCGUGCUCUAUGCAGACUACCUCCCAACCAUCCGUCAGGUGCGCAUUUUGCUUCGGCAGGCAACGAUGCUGUUGUCCGACUGUGGACCUUGGACGGGCACCAAGUAAGUGAGUUGCGCGGUCACGAGAACUUUAUUUACUCCCUCGCCGUACUGCCAGAUGGACGAUUAGUCAGCGCUGGUGAAGAUCGUACAGUGCGGCUAUGGGAGAAGAACGAAUGCAUACAGACCAUUACCCAUCCUGCUAUCUCGGUGUGGACAGUCGCUGUUUGCUCGGAGAAUGGCGAUAUCGUCACCGGUGCGAGUGACCGCCUCGUUCGGGUCUUUACUCGCGAACCACAGCGAUAUGCGGAUCCUGCCGCUAUCGAGCAAUUCAGCGAAGACGUGAAGUCCUCCGCCAUACCCCAGCAGUCGAUGGGCAACAUCAACAAGGAGAAGUUGCCUGGUCCGGAGUUUCUCACGCAAAAGUCUGGCACCAAGGAAGGGCAAGUGCAGAUGAUCCUCGAAGGCAACGGCAACAUCACCGCGUAUCAAUGGUCUAUGGCUGCCAAUCAAUGGGUUAGCGUGGGCACUGUCGUGGACCAGGCCGGUAGCGAUGGACGCAAGAUUUCGCACAAUGGCAAAGAAUACGAUUAUGUCUUCGACGUUGAUAUCGAAGAAGGCAAACCUCCGCUAAAGCUGCCUUACAACGUAUCCCAGAAUCCAUAUGAGGUGGCUCGGAAAUUCUGCGAGGACCACAAGUUGCCACUUACGUAUCUCGAUCAGGUCACGAACUUCAUCGUGCAGAACACACAGGGCGCUACGCUAGGACAAUCAACGUCACAAGGAGCGGAUCCGUGGGGAACAGAUGCGCGAUAUCGGCCUGGAGAUGCAGCACCGUCACAGGCGCCACCUCAACCUCCUGCACCAAAGGCCAAGAUAUUACCUCAGAAAGAGUACCUCGACAUUUUGACGGCCAAUCACAAGCCGAUCUUUAAGAAACUACAAGAAUUCAACCAAGCCUUGGUCAAUGAUGGCAGUAAAGGGCUAUCGAUGAAUCCUUCUGAUAUCGAACAACUGAGUGCUGCCGUCUCUCUGCUGGAGAAGGGAAGCGCCAAAGACAUCGAUCCCUCCGCAAUAGACCUUAUCGUCAAGGCAGCAACAGAAUGGCCUGAGGACAAACGAUUGCCUGGGCUCGACCUGCUACGGCUCUUGUUCUCCGCCGAAGAGCCGGUCGCUUACCUCACUACAGAGCAGAACAUACUGCAACGGCUCGCCAGCUCAGGUGCUUUCGCGCCAACUUCGCCACUGAACAACACCAUGAUGGCCGUUCGGUCGUUGAGCAACCUUUUCAAAACCGACAUAGGCAGAGCCAUUGCUGGCGAUGAGUUCAACCAAAUCCACGAAUCUGUGUCCGCCUUCUUAACAACACCCAACAGGAACCUUAUCAUCGCCAUUACCACCCUCUAUAUCAAUUACUCGGUUCUUCUCACUGGCGAUAAUAACGCCGAUCGAGUAUUGUCGCUAUUGGACGAUUUAAAUAAGAUCCUCCAUAGCGCAAAAGAUUCCGAGGCCAUCUACCGAGCUCUUGUGGCCACUGGCACACUACUUAGCUUGGACAGCGACUUCUGCGAGGCUGGACGAGACAUCUUGCAACUUCCUUCCGCCAUCUCUGCUGCGGAGAAGCAAGCGAAGGAGCCACGUGUUAAGAAUGUAGUAGCUGAGAUUCGGGAGCAGCUACAGGAUUGA